GGCGGGGACGGCGCCCGGCACGACCAGCGGCAGAGUGGAACCCGCUCCCUUGAUCCAUUCAUAAGCAAGAGACACCAACACCGUGACUCAUGCCAGUGCCACCGCCGCCACCACCUCCUUUGCCUCCACCUCCUCCACCCCUGGGGGCUCCUCCUCCUCCCCCACCGUCUGCACCCCUGAUCAGCUCAGACGCUGCCGGCUUGAGAAAGGCAGACCCGCGAGGUCGGAGCGCGCUGCUGGCCGAUAUCCAACAAGGGACUCGCCUGCGGAAGGUCACGCAGAUCAACGACCGCAGUGCGCCCCAGAUCGAGAGCCCUAAAGGAACCAACAAGGAGGGAGGAGUUGCUGCGAACUCCCGCGGCGGCAGCACACCCCCGGCUCUGGGAGACCUGUUUGCUGGGGGCUUUCCUGUGUUGCGACCGGCAGGCCAGAGGGAUGCGGCAGGUGGCAAGGCGGGGCAGGCCCCUGGCUCCCGAGCACCUUCCCCCAGGCUGCCCAUCAAAACCAUCAGCGGCCCGCUCAACCCCCCAGCCUCCCCCAGGCUCGGCAUCGCCUCCGAGGCGCAUGGCACAGCCAGGACAGUCCCUCCUCGCCCCACCGUGCCCGCCCCGCCGCCCCCCACCCCGCCCCCACCUCCCCCGCCCUUACCCCCUCCGCUGCCCCCUGCCUCCCCAGUCAAGGCCCUGCCGGUGUCCCCAGCAGGGCCGCCCCCCAAAGGGAAUGUCUUGGGGGUCGCGCCCCCAGCCCCUUGCGCGCCUCCACCCCCGCCUCCUCCCCCGCCCCCGCUACCCCCAACCUCUGGACCCAGUGACAAGACCGUGAAGCCUCAGCUCGCCCCCCUGCCCCUGCCGCCCCUACCGCCCCCGCUCCCUCUCCUCCCACCUUGUGGGUAUCCGGGUCUCCACCCAGAGCCUGCCAGCCCCGCCCAGGAUGCGCGGGAGCCUGCUGGGCCACCACCCCCGCCACCCCUGUAUGCCGCUUGCUCACCAAGGGCACCUGCACCCCCUCCGCCCCCUCUGUCGGGCGCAAAUCGCGGUAACGAAACCCCACCCCCGCUGCCCCCCAAGUCCCCCGGCUGCCCCAGCCCGUUGCCAAAGGCCGGCGCUCCUCCGGGUUCGCAGCCCUUCCUGCAGAAGAAGAGGCCCGGCAGGGGCCCAGGGGCCGGCGGGGGGAAGCUGAACCCGCCUCCGGCACCUCCCGCGAGAUCCCCCACCACGGAGCUUUCAAGCAAGAGCCAGCAGCAGGCCCCAGCCUGGACCCCGACCCCGCAGCCUGGAGGGCAGCUACGAAACGGGAGCCUGCCCGUCCUCGACGACUUCGAGUCCAAGUUCACGUUCCAUUCUGUGGAGGACUUUCCCCCUCCGGAUGAGUACAAAGCAAGCCAGAAGGUCUACCCCAGCAAGAUCCCCCGAAGCCGCACACCUGGUCCCUGGCUCCCGGCCGAGGCAGCCACGCAGAGCUCCGACGACAUCAAAGGCAGGAACUCUCAGGUGACUUACCCGUCCGGUCUCAGCCUUCCCAGGGAGCACAGAGGAAGGAGCUCUCGCUAAAGACACUGCGGUGAGAAGGCGGAUGCAGCCAAGGUCCCGGGCUUGUACAUCGCCGAUGGGCGUCCCCAGAACAUGGCAGACCCCGCUGUACUCCAGCCACAGUCCAGUCGACACCCAGGCUGCAGAUGGAGCUUCUGUUUACUGUAAAUACGUGGUUUGCACGAGCUUUAAAGCAGCAUUUUAGCCGAGUUUUAUUUGAGUAAUAUUUUUUUUAAAAAAUCCAUGUCCCCAUUUUUAAAAAUGUA